AUGUCGACUUCAGUUUGUACUUUCCACGCCAAAUUAGAAAUGAUUUAUUUAAUGCGCGUCUCUUUAGAACUACGUAGUAUCAGUGAUUCUCAAAACUUUAUAUCAGUCAGUCAUGUAUGUUACAACGCAUUCAGUGCUCUUCGUAUCAACCCAAAUUAUUAUAGUCAAAAAGCUUAUCUUUGGUAUGUUAAACAUUUCAUGCCUGACACAAUCGACUUUAAAGAGUUAAAUAUUAUUGAUUUAACACCUUACUCAAACGUUUCUUGUUAUCAAAACAUUUCAUUUGGUCCACUCAUUAAAAAUAAAAUGAUGACAAAAACUUAUACUGAUUUGAUACUUCCUAAAGUCACGCGUCUUUCACUUGUUAAGUUGGACAAACAGUUCAUUACAAAAUUUGCAAGAAAAUUCACUCAAUUGGAACUUUUGAAAGGAGGACUUGAUGAGGUUGUGCAAUUUUUCAAUUCGUUUGUGAAAAAUGAAAACGACAAGUUUUUAAAAUUUCCAAAAAAGAUUUUGGUGUUUGACACUUUCGAUGAAAAAUCGAUACCUUUGAUAGAGAAAUUGGGACAAUUGUUGCCAACAGAUGGGAGGUCACGUUUAUAUUUCAUCGCGAGUAAAAGUGUGACUUCAGAAACUGUUUUAGAUGAGAUGCGUAUAGGAGAGUAUUUCUAUAACAUAUUCAUGUCAAACGCAGUUCAACAAUAUAGAGAUAAAGUGUGUUUAAACGAUGGGUGUUUAGAGUGUAUCGGCAACUUUAAUUUUUCUGAGUUGACAACUUUGAUACACAAAACUGUUGCAAGAAAAUUUUUUAUUAGAAAUCCGGCCGAGUCGAUUGGUGGAACUUUCAAUGAAUUUAUUAAAGAAAUUGCCAUUGUGUAUGGGAAGGGGAGUGAAGACUUUGAUGUCAAUUUUGAGAACCCGGUUUUUUAUGAAGGAAGGCAAAACUUUUGGUUUGACUCGGACGUGUUAGAAGAAAUAAAGUUCAUGUCGUGUAACAACAUCUUUUUCAAGAGUAAAUCAAAGUUUUUGAAAACAAUAAAACUCGAACAUUGCCACGAAAUGUCCAUUUUCUACGAUUUUCACAAUGGAGAAAUUUUUAAAAAAUGUGGUGUCAUUUACAUGGAACAUUCACUGAACAUAAAAUUUUCUGAUAUUUCGAAAUUAACAACUUCAACUUUUGAACAAGAUAAAAGUAACGAGACAACAACUUAUAGUGAGGAAAGGAAGAUACAAACAAAUAAAAGUACUAUCUUACCCAAACUCAUUGUGAUUUCUGGAUGUGUUGUUGAUGUCUUGAUAUUUGAUGAAAUCAACAAAAUAAUUGUCAUUGACACAACAUGUAUAACACUUAAAAAUAUUUCAUUAAAAACUACAUCAGUUGUAUUUGACAAAGUUCAUCAAUUGAUAUGUAAAAACAAUACUUUGGAACUUCUAUGUGUUGAUUUUAACAAGGAAAUUGAAAACUACUUUGAGUCGCCAUUUCUGUUUAAAAAAUCGACAAAAUCGAAGUUUGAAAAAGACAAAAUUUGGGUGUGUCAUAAAUUUUUCAGCAUGAAUAAUCACCUUGUAAUCACAAAGGACGAUUGUGUUGUAAAGAACACGAUGUAUACAACAGUGACGAAUGACAUGCUUUUUUCAUAUAAUUUUUAUAAUAAAAAUAACGCCGAUUUACCAAUGUGUUUUUAUAACAAGAAAAACAAAAUAGACCACAUUCAUGGUAUUCGUUAUUUUGAGGUCGAAGUAACUGGACAAUCAUUUAUUGCAAUUGGAUUGUACUCUGCAAAAUUGUAUCAGAGUGGAGAUGCAAAUGUGAUGAUUGGUUGUGAUGUUGACACAGUUGGUUUUUACAGUGAUGAUGGAAACAUAUAUUGUGGCGGAAACAUCGAAAUUCAAACGAGUUUUCAUUAUGGGAAUUGUGUUGGAAAGGUCGAUGUUGUUGGGUGUGGAUAUAUUAUAGAGGAAAAGUCGGCGUUCUUUAUAAUGAACGGGAAAAUGGCUGGAAAAAUUGCAGUUGAGUGGGAUAGUGUGUGUGCUGCAAUCACAUGUAACGAAAUUAAUACAUUAAAAAUAAAUCGAGGACAAAAAAUGUUUGUAACUAAUUUGUCUUUGUUCAAAGAAAGGAAGAAAGAGGAUUGUGUCGUUAUUUAA